AUGGAAGGGGUGUUCAUUCGAAGUCAUUGUUACAAGGAAGAUCAAGUCAUGUUUGCCACGGGGCAACUUUUACGAAGGGCUAAAGAUUGGUGGGACUCGUAUAGUAAGGAGAUCGGAGAGAAUCGAGUUCAAACUUUGACUUGGCAAGAAUUCAAACAACCUUUUAUCAAGUACCAUUGUCCACAAUCAGCGGUGGAUCGAAUCCAAGAAGACUUUCUCCGACUCCGACAAAGAGAUGAAUCUGUCAAUGAGAUCACGAACACCUUCCUUGAUCAACUGAAGUUUUGUGAAGAGAUAGUUGGAACGGAGAGAAAGAAGAUUAUCCGUUAUCAUGGCAUGCUUAAGGCUGAAAUUCGGGAGUUCAUAACUCCUUCAAAAUGCGAAACUUUGGACGAGAUCAUUGAUCUAGCGAGGGAUAGGGAAAUUGAAAUAAAGAGGCAAGACGAACGUGGAGAGAAAAGGCAAGUCGAGAAGGGGUCAACGCAAGGUUCUUCUAAGAAACCCAAGACGCACGAUCAAGGAAAGAAAGAAGCUCCCAAAGGCGGGUUUCCACGAUGCAAGACAUGUGGAAAACCCCAUUCCGGCGAAUGUUUAUUGGGAAGGAAGGGGUGUUACAAUUGUGGACAAGAAGGGCAUCCGUACUAUAACUGUCCGAAUCCCAAAAGGGUAUGCUACAAUUGUAACGAAUCGGGCCAUGUGAAAGCUGAAUGCCCAAAGCUUAAACAAGGGGUGAAGAAGGAAGGAAAGAAAGAAGAACCCGCGAAAGCUAAGGGAAGAAUGUUCCACAUCUCCACGGAAGAAGCAAGGGCUCACCCGAAUGUGUUCUCAGGUAUCUAUAUGAUAAACUCUAUACCCACUUAUAUAUUAUUCGAUACCGGAGCUAGUAGAUCAUUUAUUUCUAGUGAGCUUGCACGUUUCCCUUUAUUCACGAUAGAAAGAAUGUGUACACCUCUCGAAGUAGAAAUUGCCGAUUGUAAGAGUUACCUUUUGCACGAAAUAUGUAGAGGUUGUAGAAUCACUAUAGAUGAUGAAGAUUUUGAUAUUGAUUUGAUUCCCAUGGUUUUAGGAGAAUUUAAAGUAGUAGUAGGUAUGGAUUGGUUAUCCCGUUAUCAUGCGGAAAUUUUAUGCGAAAACAAAAUUAUUUAUGUGACAUCCCCUAAAGGGAAACGGGUAACCAUUCAUGGGGAAAGGGAAGUAGGGGCUAAAUUGUGUACUAUCUUGGAAGCAAUUAAGUACGUGAGGAAUGGAAGUAAAGCAUUUUUAGCCUAUGUUGUCGAUACCAAGUUAGGAGUUUCAAAAAUUGAAGAUACUAAGAUAGUGAAUGAAUACCCGGAUGUAUUUCCGGACGAAUUGCCGGGACUUCCACCCGAGCGGGAAGUCGAGUUUCGUAUCGAAUUAGAACCAAAUGCCAAACCGGUAGCCAAAGCCCCUUACCGGUUGGCACCCGCGGAAGUACAGGAAUUAAUGGUCCAAUUACAAGAACUUCUUGACAAGGGUUUCAUACGCCCUAGCGUGUCCCCGUGGGGAGCGCCUGUUUUGGAAGUGCAGUUUUUAGGACACGUAAUUAACGAAAAGGGGAUUUUGGUGGAUCCCUCUAAGGUGGAAGCUGUGAUGAAAUGGGUACCCCCGAAAAAUGUUAGUGAAGUAAGAAGUUUCCUAGGUCUAGCCGGCUAUUAUCGGAGGUUUAUCCAAGACUUCUCCAAAAUAGCCCUUCCUUUAACUAAACUGACAAAGAAAGAAGAAAGGUUUGAAUGGAAUGAAGAUCAACAGAAAGCUUUUCGAAUGUUAAAGGAGAAAUUGUCAAGUUCUCCCAAAGAUCUCAAUAUGAGGCAACGGAGCUGGUUGGAAUUGAUUAAAGAUUAUGACUGUGACAUUCUUUACCAUCCGGGUAAAGCUAAUGUUGUGGCGGAUGCACUUAGUCGGAAGGAAUACCCACCACCUAUUCGAGUGAAAUCAAUGAGAAUGAUAGUUACCCCAAACCUUCUCGAAACGAUACGCGAGGCGCAAGAUAAGUCCUUAAAUGUUGGUGAUCUGAAAAGUGAAAGAACGAAAGGGUUUGAAAAUGAAUUUGAAGUGAACGCAAGUGGGUUAAGAACGAGGUUUGCGCGGAUUUGGAUACCGCGACACUGUGAGGCGAAGACCUUAUUAUUGGAAGAAGCACACAAGUCCCGUUACUCGGUUCAUCCGGGAGCCACUAAACUGUACCGAGAUUUGAAAGAAAAUUUUUGGUGGCCGGGAAUGAAACGCGACAUUGUUAAGUAUGUAUCUAAAUGCUUGACAUGUUCCCAAGUUAAGGCGGAACAUCAAAAACCAUACGGGAAAUUGCAACCCUUAGAAAUUCCGGUAUGGAAAUGGGAAAAUAUAGCCAUGGACCUUGUAACUAAACUGCCGAAGACAAAGAAAGGGCAUGACGCAAUAUGGGUCAUUGUCGACCGCCUUACUAAAAGCGCCCAUUUUCUACCCAUUCGGGAGACUUUUUCCUCGGAAAGGUUAGCGGAAAUUUAUGUGAAUGAGAUUGUUUCUCGCCACGGUGUACCGGUGUCUAUUGUUUCAGACCGGGAUACGCGAUUCACCUCCCGUUACUGGCGAAAAUUUCAUGAAGGAAUGGGUACCCAAUUGCAUGUGAGUACCGCAUACCACCCACAAACAGAUGGCCAAUCCGAACGAACGAUUCAAACUCUCUUAGACAUGUUGAGAGCGUGCGUGAUGGAUUUCGGGGGAAACUGGGAUGAACAUUUGCCUUUAGUGGAAUUUUCGUAUAAUAAUAGCUACCAAAGUAGCAUACAAAUGGCGCCAUAUGAGAUAUUGUAUGGGAGAAGGUGUAGAACCCCUGUUUGUUGGGGAGAAGUAGGACAAAGAGAACUCGCACCAAAUGAUGUGGUGGAGAUAACUAAUGAAAAGAUCGACAUUGUACGGGCUCGAUUAAAAGCAGCGCAAGACCGACAAAAGUCCUAUGCGGAUGAAAGAAGACGCCCUAUUGAGUUUCAAGUGGGGGACCGAGUGUUCCUGAAAGUGUCCCCGUGGAAAGGCAUAAUCCGAUUUCGGAAGCGAGGAAAGUUGGGUCCUCGAUAUAUCGGACCGUUCGAGAUUUUAGCUCGAGUUGGAAAGGUGGCCUACCGGUUAAGGUUACCUCCCUCCUUAGAGGGAAUUCACAAUACCUUCCAUGUGUCACAAUUGCGGAAAUGUAUAACGGAUGAAACGGCUCAUGUACCUCUUGUAGACAUUGAGAUAGACGAGAAAAUGAAUUACAUAGAAAGGCCGGUAGCCAUAAGGGAUUCAAAGAUAAAGACUCUUCGCAACAAAGAAAUUAAACAAGUUCUAGUUCAAUGGCAACACAGAAAGGGGUCGGAUCUCACUUGGGAAGUGGAGGAUGAAAUGAAAAAGUUCUACCCGUCUUUGUUUGGUACGUAA